CAUGGUAGAGGUUGUCAACCUGUAGGUAACCUGUUUACAAUAGCAAUAAGGCACCUUCACGGGUUUGUGGUAUAUGGCCAAUAUACUACGGCUAAGGGCUGUGUUCAGGCACCCCGCGUUGCGUAGUGCUUAUGAACAGUCCAUAGCCGUGGUAUAUUGGCCAUAUACCACACCCACUCGUUUCUUAUUGCUUAAUUAUACCAUUAAGGUUUUAGUACGUUUUUUUUUUUUUUUUUACAGCAGAAGGAACCAGCGCUGAAAUGUCUCCGUGUUCAUGUUACUAUAAGGAGCUCCGAGAGGUUUUGGACAACACAUGGUUUCAUUUUACCGCUUCAUGACCGCCUGGGUUAGCCUAUACUGUAUCUGUCAUAGCCAGGCUACCGUUAGUGUGUUCCGUCGAAGACGCGCAUCGGGAGACCAAGCCUCCUUUCACUUGUUGUAAAGCGGCUUUUCUCACAAGUGGAUAAACGCAUAACAAUUUCCUCCAAACGAUGCGUAAAAGUAGCCUAAACCCAAAACAUCUGGAACUUGACACAGCAGUGUUACUGGACUGAGUGUGAUACAUAGACCAGAUUGUAUACCAUGCGAGGCUCUGGACAAAAUCCCCACUUUCUCCGGAGAUAGCAACGCUGUUAUUUCUUAAACUCCUGGAACGUCUGGACGAGGACGCCGCGGCGGUGUGAGAGAGAAAACCAUGCUGCUGCCGGGCAACGAAACGGGCUACGUCUGGACCGAGUUAUUAAACACCGGCAACCUGACGGCGUGUGCCGGUGAAGAAGACCACGGUGGUCCGGAGGCGGUGAUUGUUCCGGUGAUUUUUGGAUGUAUAUUUUUCCUGGGUGUCGUCGGGAACUCUCUAGUGAUGAUAGUAAUCGGGAAAAUCAAGGCCCGGCGCAACAGAAGUACGACAAACAUUUUCAUCCUCAAUUUAAGUAUCGCGGAUCUAUUGUUUUUGCUAUUUUGUGUCCCGUUCCAGGCUACUAUAUACUCCCUACCUGAGUGGAUAUUUGGAGCCUUUUUAUGUAAAUGUGUUCACUAUUUAGUGAUGGUGUGUAUGCUGGUGAGCAUCUUCACGCUUGUUGCCAUGUCAGUGGACAGGUACAUAGCUGUUGUACACUCCAAAAAGUCCCCCUGCAUUCGCAACAGGAGGAAUGCCCUCAUAGGGGUCUGUGUGAUUUGGGCACUAUCGUUCAUAUUCUCUAUACCAGUGGCGCAACACCAGAUACUUACUGACCACCCGGAAGCGCCGAACAGUUCGUUCUGCUGGGAAGCGUGGUACGCAAGCGCUUCCAAACACACCUACAAAGUCACUAUUUUAGUCAUUGGCUAUCUGUUGCCGUUGGGGUUGAUCAUAUGCUGCUAUGCGAAGGUGUUAUUCCAUCUCCACAAGAAGAUGAAGAAUAUGUCCAAGAAAUCAGAACGCUCAAAAAGAAAG